AUGGCCGCCGAGGGGAGUGGCCGGCUCCUGCGCUUCGCCUCCGCGGCCCUGGGUGGCCAGCUCGCUGCUCUGCUCCUCGCCGGACCCCACGCGGGAGCCUGCAGCCGGCUGGGGAACCCGGGACCCGGCCUGGGCGGUGGCCCGCGGGCAAGCCAGUCGCUGAGCCUGUCGGUGCGGAGCAGCUCAGAAGAUAAGGUAACAGUCCACUUUAUAAACAGAGAUGGUGUAACAUUAACAACCAAAGGAAAAGUCGGUGACUCUCUGCUUGAUGUUGUGAUUGAAAAUAAUCUAGAUAUUGAUGGUUUUGGUGCCUGUGAGGGAACCCUGGCUUGCUCUACCUGUCACCUCAUCUUUGAAGAUCACAUAUAUGAGAAGUUAGACACAGUUACUGAUGAGGAAAAUGACAUGCUUGAUCUGGCUUAUGGACUCACAGACAGAUCACGGUUGGGCUGCCAAAUCUGUUUGACCAAAUCCAUGGACAAUAUGACUGUUCGAGUACCUAAGGCCGUGGCUGAUGCCAGACAAUCUAUUGACGUUGGCAAGAAUUCCUAA